AUGGAGGCGGGGAGGUUGGAGUGCCCCAAGGUGGGCAAAUGCUGGUCUCACAACUUCGCCCGUGAGCUUUGCCGCACCACUGUCGACCCGAUCUGGGCGGGCAGCAGCUGGGGGAGGUUGGAGGGCAAGGGAAGCGGCAAGGCGGAACACUUCCAAUUCAAUCCGUCUUCUAUUCGGGAUUCAACUCCUGAGAACGUGUCAGGGUGGGUUUCUACUGGUUUUAGGCAUCUCUGCUUAGGCCAUUCUUUCGUGACCAUGACGGGCCCCAGUUACCUAUCGUCGUCCGCUAACCCGUGA